AUGCUCGCAACACGAGGAGGUGGAUGGCGCACUUCGGAUAUAUUCUCUAAACUUCUACAAGAGAGAAUUAUAUGUCUAAAUGGCGAAGUAGACUCCUCGCUUUCAGCGGCAGUCGUAGCCCAACUUCUCUACCUGGAAUCUGACGCCCCGGAAAAAGCUAUAACACUCUACAUCAACUCUCCUGGCGGCUCCGUCACCGCCGGUCUCGCCAUCUACGACACAAUGACCUAUAUAAAAUCCCCAGUAUCGACCGUCUGCGUCGGGCAAGCCGCAUCUAUGGGUUCUCUACUUCUCUGUGGCGGAGAACCAGGGAAGAGAUUCUGUUUACCGCAUAGUUCAAUCAUGAUACAUCAACCCAGCGGAGGAUAUUCAGGACAAGCUACGGAUAUUGCGAUUCAUGCGACGGAGAUUUUGAGAGUGAGGAAAAGCUUAAAUGAAAUUUACAAGAGGCAUUUGACGAAGGAACAUAGUUUGGAAGAGAUUGAGAGGAUGAUGGAGAGAGAUAAGUUUUUGAGUGCUCAGGAGGCUUUGGACAUGGGAAUUGUAGAUGAGAUUCUUGAUAGGAGGGAGUCGGUGGGGAAGAAGGAGUAUAGUUAG